UGCUGCAGGAUGUUCAACUUGGCAGGCUCCAGCCCCUUCAUGGCAUAUACAGUCCACAACCUCUGGUACUUGGCCGUCAGCCAGCAGCCGGCUCCUGUAGUCCUUGGAGGCCAGCAGCAGCCCCAGGCUGGCAACUUUCCCACUGGGUGGUGGUGGAACAGAACGCCUCCCACGAGUAGCCUCCUGGAACAGCGCUUUCCCCCGCUCCCGGCAGCGAACAUCCCCGGUCCACAGCCUCUCCUUGCUCUCAAGAACGGUACACCAAUGCAAAAUAACAAACCAUCUACUGAAACCAAGAAGGCAGUGGUGGUGGCGGCUUUGCAGCCAAUUAUGUCAGAACAAGAUCAGACAGAUGACAUGAAAACUAGCAUGGAGGAGUUUUCAGUGCCAGUCCCAGCUUGUGCGGGUGAGGAAGACUCCACUGCUGAAGUGAGAGGUGAGGUGAGCGAGGGCAGCCCCGUGGUAAGCAGCGGACUGCUGAGUGCUUCAGGGAAAGUGGCUGACGGAAGAAAUGAGAUGUGGUCUGAGGGACGAUAUGACUACGAAAGACUUCCCCGAGAACGAGUACCUCCUCGGAGUCAUUCCAGUGAUGGCUACCAUAGAGUAGUUAAUAUUGUGCCAAAGAAAUCACCACUGCUAGAAAAGAAACCACCACUGCUAGAAAAGAAACCACCACUGCUAGAAAAGAAACCACCACUGCUAGAAAAGAAACCACCACUGCUAGAAAAGAAACCACCACUGCUAGACAGACCUGGUGAAGGAAGCUACAGUAGAUAUUACAGUCAUGUUGGUUAUCGAGACUAUGACGAGGGCCGCAGUUUUUCUCAUGAUCGAAGAAGUGGUCCAUCUCACAGAGGAGAUGAAUCUGGCUAUCGAUGGUCAAGAGACGAUCAUUCUGCAAGCCGCCAGAGUGAUUACAGGGACAUGAGAGAUGGCUUUAGACGAAGAAGUUUCUACUCUUCCCAUUAUACAAGAGACCGGUCUCCUCAUACAAGGGAGCUUCCUUUUUUCCGAGAAUCACCUGUAGGCCGAAAGGACUCUCCACACAGCAGAUCUGGCUCCAGUGUCAGUAGCAGAAGCUAUUCUCCAGACCGAAGCAAGGCGUACUCUUUCCACCAGUCUCAGCAUAGAAAGCCUGCGCGUGCCAGUGCCUCCUACAAACGGCAGGAUGAAGGAAAGCCAGAAAGAGGUAAAGAGCGACCUGUCCCAUCUAUGAAAACAUCAAGAGAUACCUCACCUUCAAGUUCUCCAGCAGGUCCUUCAUCAAAGGCAUUAGAUAAACCCAGCAGGCUGACUGAAAAGGAGCUUGCUGAGGCUGCAAGCAAGUGGGCUGCGGAAAAGCUCGAGAAGUCUGAGGAGACUAAUGUGCCUGGGAUUUCUGAGUUCCAGGUGCAGUCUGGGCCCCUGAAAAGUCUGUGCGUCCCUACUGUGUGGAACCAGGCAGGAAGCAGUCCUCCCCUGGAGCUCGAGAAGCUGGCAGUACAGUCUCUCCCAGGAAUGAGCAGCACUAAGAAAAAGAUGGAUCCCCGACCCUCUACGACACAUUCUUCAGGACCUACCUGGGGAGACAUUAAGAAGCUUACUUACCACGCUGAACAAACUCUCAAAUUCACAGGAGCCCCCUUCAGUCCUGAAAACUUGUUUCUUCCAAUGAUAGAGCAGAUCACAUCCAAUUCCAAGGCUACAAAGGAUGUAAUCAGAUGGAGGAACCCUGCCAUCAAGAUUUAUUAACACUGCUGGUGUAGGAGGAACUCUGGGAGACACUGAAGUAUUCCCGUCUGCUCCCACUCCGGGGUGCCCACUGGAGGUGGCCUAGAAUUGGGAGGACCCCGUGUAAACAAACCACCAAUCUUGCUAUUACCCCAGUCCUACAGUUUGACUCUAGAAAAUUGGGAACUUCACAAUUUCGGAGUGCUGAUGUCUAACUCUGCCUGGGUCUCUGCUAACCUUUAAUUAUAGCAGUGCCUCACCUUAUGGAAUCCUGGGCUCACUGGAUCUUUACUUUUUGCCUCUCCUUGGGCACUUAUCUUUCUCCUCUCAGAGAAUCGGCAUGUAGCUAUCUUGUUUUUCCUGAAAAUUGUUAUAUUUAGCAAUUGUCAGCCCAUAAGUAAGCUCUUCACAUGUGUUAUCAAUGACUCCUCUGAUCAUAUAAGAUUUGUACUCCCGGGGGCUGGGGGUUUUGCUCAGCGGCAUAAGCGCCUGCCUUAAAAGCCUUAAAAGUCAUGAGUUCGAUCUCCGGUACCGAUUAAAAGGAAAAAGACAAAAAAAAAAAAAAAAAAUUUGUACCCCUCACCCAUAUAUUUUAGUCCUUACUAAAGAAGAAUCUACAUUUGCAGAAGACAGUGCUUUCAGCCACUAUCAUCGACCUCUUAAGGCCCUUAAUGUUACCUUACUAGUGUGGCUCAUUCUGUGUGUCACUGGCUCUAAUAUUUCUCAUAUUGUGGUUUAAUAUUGCUCACAUGGUGGUAUUCAUACAAUGAGCUGAAGCUUGACUCCCCACCAGUCUCACGAAAGAAUGGACUGGAAGCUCUGCCCUUGAACAAGUCAUCUCAGCACUUGAGCAUAACAGACAAAAAUGUUUUCUUGUUAUUCUGACUCUGGCUACUAUUGCAGUCAUAGCACUAGCAGCUACAGUGGCGACCACAGCAGUCACCUUGACCCAUUCCACACAAACUGUCCAAACCAGGAACAGCUACUUUCAAAACAUGACUUCUGAAUUGCUGACACUGAACAGCACUGGCCAAGAAAUCUUACGACACCCUGAUGCUUUUGAGGCUGCUGUUGGAUGGCUCACAGCACCAGCAGGCUCUCUGGAUGUGCACUCGCCUUAGGUGUGAUGCAGGAUAUUUAUCUAUGUACAUUACACUCAUGCCUUUAAGAGCUCUGACUCCUGGAAUGAGACCCAAGGCAACACACAGAUCUUCGUGGGGUGAUUUCCUAUCUCCAUAGUCGACUGAAGGGCCAGCUUCACAGUCUUCAAAUGGAAGCUCACAAUAUCACUUUGGACUGUCUUAAUGAUGUUGUCUGUGACUCAGAACCCCCCAAAACUGGCUGUCUGGCCUCAACCUCCAAACAGUGGUACCUUGGUUCACUAACUUCUUUCUAUGACUUUCCUCCCAGAGUUCCAUUGCAUCCAGGAUCAUGGAACAAAUUCUGAGUUCUUGAACUGAGGUACCACUAUAUCUGCAUACUUAUUGCUGCAGAAUAAUAUUUUUGUAGUGUUUCUUACAGUCCUUGAAGCUGUCUGUGUGCUGUUGCAGUGAAUGCAUUGUGCUGACACCAUGAUGACUUUCCUGUAGCUCAGUACCUUUCCACACUGCAUUCCUCUUCUCUGCUCCAGUCCCUAGUGCUUAACAUAAAAAAGGGGGCUAAAUAUGUCACUUGGUUGGAGGAAAGAGUGAUUAUAAUCAUGAAGGGGCCUACGGGAAAAGCUUGCGUACUCUGCAGUGUAUGAUUAAGGGUCAGAGAAGCAUAAUGGAUUCCAUCUUUGUCCUUCCAAAUGCCUGAUAAGUUGCUUAGAUUAACUUAAGAAAUAAUUCACAGCAGACUUUCUUAUUCCUUGAUUAUCAGGCUGCUUUUCUUCCUGUUUUUCACUGGAACAAAAGUCAGAAAGUUCUAGGUUUAGCACUGCUCGCUUGCAAAUGCCCUUGUGUUGGGUCCUCUCAGUGUUCAGAGCAAGUGUCUGCAAGAAAACUUUUUAUUCUCUGUACUGUCACCUUCGCACAUGGUAACAGGUGUUGAAGCAUUCACAGUGUGUCCCCAGCAUCAUCCUCUCUUUCAUGUUUUCUUAUUGGGAAUCCUGCUUUAAUCAUUUUCCCACAGUUAGGGCUACCCAGAGACAUCUGUGGCAUGGAUGUAUAUAUUUCUGUCCUUAACCACCCUUCUGUCUUUGGUGACACAGUUGAUGGUACAUUAAUAGGGAAUGACCUCUUGGCUAUGAAAUUAUUUCAGUAUUCAAUUAUCUCUCAAGUCUUCGUGUUUGUAUUUGUGCCUUUUUGAGACAAGCUCUAUUGUCUAUGUUGUCCUGGAACUCACUGUGUAGCCCAGGCUGGCCUAUAGCAUGUGUUCCUGCUGUCUCAGCCUCCCGACUAUAGGCCUGUGCCCUCAUCCCCUGGAAAACUACUAGUGGUUAUUCUGUUUUGUGGGAAUGUUUUCUCUAAUGAUUUCAAGAAUUUCUUAAGUCACAGAAGCAAGGCAAUUUAACUUCUAAAAUGAAUUCUUUUCCUGUGUUCCUUUUAUUCUAUGUGUGCACACUUUCACUUGCACUUAGAGUUUGUCUCCCAUGUGUUCCAGAUUAAGAGUGCUAAGAAAUAGUUUCGUGGUAAAAGGUUCUCACUUUGUUACUUGUUUUUUUUUUGUACUGGGAAUUAAACUCAGGACCUUGUACUUGCCAAGUAGGUGCUUGUGUCAUUGAGUUAUGUUCCCAGCCCUCAUUGUGUCUAAAUACAGACUGAUGUAUAAUCGUAUAAUUUUGGAGUGCAAUAAGUCUAGUGGUUGUAUUUUACCUAAACUUUUAAAAGUAGUAGUCAUUCAUUGCUUUUUAAAUCCUCUUCAUAUGUGAUCAUUGUACAUAAAGGUAUUAAAUGUUUUCUUAAAACAGGUUAAACCUAAUACUUUCUUAACGUACCAUCUGAAAUAUUUUGUGUCCUUUAAGAAAGUGAGUAAAGAUUUGGAACAUUUUUUCAAGGUGGGACCUACAACACAGUUAUUCAUUGAGAAUCCAGAGGAGACAGAUACCAAUGCAACCGACAGCACGGAA